AUGAAUGUCCACAAAAUCCAGCCACUCCCACACGAAGUGGCUACUAAAAUCAAAUCAUCAACGUCCAUAACGAAUUUGAAUGGCGUAAUUGUGGAACUGGUCAAGAAUGCUAUAGAUGCAAACGCCCAGACCGUUUUUGUUACCGUCGACUACCGACGGGGAGGGUGCGUUGUGGAAGACGAUGGGAAUGGAAUCAUCCCAGCUGAGUUCGAGAGUGACGGGGGCUUGGGGAAGGCCUAUCAUACUUCAAAAUUCAAUCAGGACUCCCAAGUUCAUGGCAGAAAGGGGUGUUUUCUGGCUUCACUAUCUGCACUAGCGCUGUUGACCUUAACUUCCCAUCAUGUCCAACAUGCAAGUACAAACACUGUUAUGUUCCAUCAAUCUGUCACUGUUGCACGGCUUAGCCCAGCGCCCAGACACCACGCUUUGAAGUUCAGUGACCAUGGAACGCGCGUCACAGUUAAUGACCUUUUUGGGAAUAUGCCUGUUCGAGUGAAGAACCGUGCAUUGACCCUGCAGAAGACGGAUGAGUUAGACAGACAGUGGGAUGAUUUGAAGAAUCUGCUGAUCUCGCUUGUCAUUUCGAAUAACAGUCUCUCGAAAGUUGCAGUUUCUGAUACCGACAAACAACGAAAGUUAACAAUCCGCCCUCGUCGAGGCUCUCCAGCUGAUGGCGAACUGGACCUGGUACGCUUGAGCUCGAUUCUGUCUCAGGCAGGCCUUGAUACGGGAAACACAACAAAAUGGCAUGCAGUCUCGGCCACAGUCCCGCAUCUUACGAUUCACGCGGCACUCUCCCUGGUCCCUAGUCCCUCCAAGAAAGUCCAGUUCAUAUCCUUGGGGGCCGAUCCUGUGCACUCGCAUAAUCAGACGAAUAUACUAUACAGCGAGGUCAACCGGCUGUUUUCGAUGUCUGAUUUUGGAACGACUGGACGAGUCCCGUUUGCAAGCAAUACGUCAACUACCCAAGCAGACAGCCGCAACUCCGGGGCCGUGAACAAGUGGCCUAUGUUCUAUAUUCGUAUCGAAUCGGUCGACGGUACGCUAGCCAAAAAUGACCAGGAACUACCAGAGUCGGACCGGUCGCUUCAGCGUAUCUUGGAUAUCCUUACGCUGAUGAUCAACGAGUAUUUGAAAGCCCACAACAUGCGUCCGCGGGGUGGAAAGAGACAAGGAGAACCUUCCGCGCAGCAGGCAGAGAUUGGAAGAGAAUCUCAAAGACGAGCCUUGAGGACUUCUACCAUCGAGUUCACAGGAAAGGAAUUGAAGCUCCCAUCAUUUUCCCGGCCAGGCGUCAGUGGGAAUUUUGGAAGCUGGUCUCGGAUCAAAAGCGGGAAUAGCCACGCCCAUGGCCCAACCCCGGACAAGUCACCCCUGGCCUCAGACCGUCUCGAGCUGGAUGAUAAGGACAUGCAUCCACCGACACCGACGCAGGGUCUAAUUUUGGAAUCUACGAUUACCGAUAAACGUCCUCAGACAACAGUACAGGACAACGCUGUGGACAUCCAGGGCAAGGAGUGCGGUGACACAGUGAUUCCGUGGGUUGAUCCCUACACCGGGAUAAGCCACUGGGUUAACUCGCGGACUGGCCAGUCCGUCAACGUUCGGCCGUCAGCUGCCUCAGUAUUGUCCCAUCGACCCAAGUCAACGGGGUCUCUGAUGACGACGCGGAUAUUGGAUACCCAAAAGCGGCCGGCAUCAGCUGUUCCAGGAACGCAGAAUAUGUGGUUUGAAAAUUUGUUGGGUAAUUGGAGAAACCCUGUUUUUGGUCGGUCUGAACGACCGAUAAAUGCCUUGGAUACCGAACCAGAGCAUGAACCGAGCGCCAAUAAGUCGGCGCACAAUUUCCACGAACGAUGCGGAUUGGAUGGCUUCGGGGCGUCAAAAUAUCGCGGAAAACUACGCAAACAAGACUUGAAGACAGCCAGAGUAAUGGGCCAAGUCGAUCGGAAGUUUAUUCUGGUGGAAAUGGUAUCUCGGGACCAUACAUCAACGCUUGUCCUUAUUGACCAGCACGCAGCCGAUGAGCGAUGUCGAAUUGAGAGACUGUCCCAGGAAUUAUUCGACAGCAGCCUGAAGGCUGUACGAACGAUUGAGGUGGACCCGGUGACAAUUGAUAUCCCCGUCGCCGAGGCUGCUCUGUUUAGGCGGCAGGUGGAAUACUUCAAGUCGUGGGGCAUCGACUACGUGGUCUCACAACCCCCGCGAAGUGGCAGGGCGUCUAUUUCGGUAUCAAUGCUUCCGACCUUGAUUGCGGAGCGAUGUCGGACAGAGCCAGAGCAGCUCAUCAACAUCGUCCGCGCCGAGACAUGGAAGCGGACAGAGAAUGGAAGAGUACAUCCCCAUGUACCAUUCCCAGACCCUGGGCAUUCGGAGGAUUGGGUUGGACGGUUAUCAGAGUGCCCACAGGGCAUCCUUAACCUUCUCAACUCUCGAGCCUGCAGAACUGCCAUUAUGUUCAAUGAUGCUCUCACCAUUGGGGAAUGCAUGAACCUGGUCAAGCGGCUGGCUACUUGCGUCUUCCCUUUCCAGUGUGCCCAUGGCCGGCCAUCAAUGGUGCCUCUGGUGGACCUCCAUGACAGCGUUGCUCAUGGGUCAAACGGAGAUGGAGGCCCGGGCGAGGUGGAUGUCGGCUUCACCGCGGCCUUCAAACGGUGGCAGCAUGACAGCCCAGCUUAA